AUGGGUGGAGACAAUCCAAGUAAACAAUGGUUAUCAUUCGACGUGAAGGUUGUUGGAGGAGGUAAAAUAUUUGAAUCAUACCAACAAGCCAAGAGUCAGCUUGGCAAAGCCUUGGAUGAAACCGAACCGGAAUUUGAAAUUGAUUUCGAAGUGACAGGUCGUGGGCAACGUCACAAGAAAAGUCAGCGUCAGGAAGAGUCAAGCGAUUCGGAGAGAGAGGAUGGACUUACUAAAAUACCAUCAAAGCCGAAUUUUCCAAUUCCGCCCCCACCACAAUAUUUUGCUUUAGUUGGAGGUAUAUCGCAACGUUCAGACCGUCAAGAUGACCAUGAAUCAGGCAGCUCUAUUCAUCUACCGCGUCACUCACCACCAGUAAGUGAUUCCCAUUCACAGCAAGAAAAUGAGGAAAUUACUUCCAGGUCAGCAAAUUCAUUGACCUUUAACAAACUCCACUCCCCAUCACCACAUGGUCAAAUGAGAGACCUCUCCCCAAAUAACAUGCUGCGUCAACAUUGUACCGGUGAAUUGGUCAAUGUUUCGAGCAACCAUAGCGUGGAGAUCGACACGCAGGUCGAGAUAAAUCAGGAAAUCUCUGCAAAUAUAGAAUUUCAAAACUGGAUGGUUAGACAAAUGAAUGUUGUGAAAGCCCAAUUGCGACAACUACAAGAAUGUGUGGACGCCUUGCUCAAUAGCUGCAAUUUGAACGGACAGGGUGGUGGUCAAAGUUUAAAUACGUUGCCAGCUGGAUUAUUACCUGUGGAUUGCGAUUCCGACUUAAAAAAACUCGAAGAUUUUGCGACGGAAUCCAGGAACACAUUGAUUCGAGAACUGCAGAGGGGCCUAGGUGCGACAAAGACGGCACAAAAGGCUACUCAGCGGAUACUGUCGAAAUUGUUGACGGAUACACAGCUUUUUCGAAGUCUUUGA